UCGGCUGCGCCCCCUCGCUAAACCCCCGCCACUGGAUCAGAGGACGCCGAUGUGCAACAACUACUCCAACUUCUGCCAUGGCGGAGCCCCCCUCCUCCGGCUCGCCUCACACCCACUGAGGACACGGGGCAUGCAUGGGCGACGCCAGGGAUCCAGGCUCACGCAUCCUCUACGUCAGUGAUUCGCGGUCUGAGGAAACAUGGUGAGCAAGGAGGGCGGCAAAUGCAUGCUCACCAACUCAGAGUCUGACUCGGAGGCAGCGCCCCUGCCCUCCACCUCGCUGGCGCUGGAGGUGAAGUAUUCCCUGGAAGCCAGUCGACAGGUGAGGAAGAGAAACAAGGCCCUGCAAGUGCGUUUCAAGGAUAUCUGCGAGGCACAGAACGAGCAGAGGGAGGCGGAGCUGCAGGCGGCAGGGAAAGGCGGCAAGCCCAUCUCCUACAAGGUGGCGUACCGCAAGUACAUGACCGUCCCCGCCCGCCGCUCCAUCCCGAACGUCACGAGGAGCACGGGCGUGCAGACCUCCCCCGAUCUGAAGAAACGCUACCAGACCUUUCCCUUUGAGCGCAAAAAGGGCCACACCUUUAAGCACGUGGCGGCCGUGGAAACGUACAGAGGUCAGAAUAACGGCUUUGUCAUGGAGGUGAAGCAGCCCGUGGCUGCCGUGCAGGGUUUAGAUGAGGAGGAGGAGGAGGAGGGAGCCUGCGGUGGGAGUGGAGUCCGGAGGACCAGGGCUCUGCUCCAUACUAAUGAGUGCAUCGCCACAGUGGAGCAGCACACUGCACCUGAUGGCCUGUGCUCUGACGCGCUGCAGCUCAGUUGCUCCGCAGACACGGAGCGCCUCGCAGGCACGCAGAGAGGAGGCGGAGCCGGAGCGCGGGACGAGUACCAGCUCUGCGGCGUCCCAUCCAAAGCCAGGACAGGAUUACAACGCGGGGAGGCCGACGCGGACCGCUCGGCCAAGAGGCAGCUGCUCAACCUGGAGGCGGGCUCGUCCCGGACCCUGCCGGACAGGGCCUCCAAGGUUACGGGCCCCAUCGCCUGGAACUCCCUCACGCAGGUGGAGUGCUUGGACAGCCCGUCGGUGCGCAGCAAGCGGAAGAAAGCGCUGCAGCUCAACGGGCUGCAGAGUGAGACGCUACCACGUUCCGGCGGAGGCUGCACAACGCAGGCACAGUGCCACACGGGACAGCUGUCUGCCCGGCCUCUGCGGGGCAUGGACGAGCCCCUGGCACCGUGUGGAGGGGACGAGGUUGGCGGAGCGGCGUCCGACCAAACACAGGAGGCCUGCAAGCAAAUAGUGCCUAUGAAACAGGACGGGGAGGUUAAAGCACAGCUGCAGGCAAUGGAAAAUCUCAUCAGCUCCAGCCAAGAGACCAUCAAGGUGCUGCUGGGGGUCAUCCAGGAGCUGGAGAAGGGGGAGGCCCACAGAGAAGGACUCACCUAUCGAACGGGACAGGACACGGCCAACUGCGACACGUGCCGGAACAGCGCUUGCAUUAUUUACAGUGUGGAGCUGGACUUCAAGCAGCAGGAGGACAAGCUGCAGCCGCUGAUGCUGAGGCUUGGCCCCGCGCCCGACGGCCACUUCGCCUCCCUGCCUUACCCACAGGAGGCGUUUACCUCCACCCCUAAGCGCAAGUCCAAAGCCGACUCCAAGAAGCACGCCCGCUGGAAACUUUGGUUCCUGUGAAGACGAGGAACCGCCUCCUUAACCGGCCCCCGACGCACAGGAUUAAUGCGUCCGCCUGGCUGGCCAAAGUUCAUUUUAUGUCCCCGUUUGGCUUCUGGCACACCUGGUCACUGACUGGACAGCGCCACGAGCGGACACUGAGAGUGCCCCGUCAGAUGGAUUCAGAGUUAUUUUUGAACUAAUUUCUUCAAACGGGGGCGUGAAAUCGCACCAGCGCAACCCAUUUGGAGAUCAGCGGGGCGAAAGGACGAAUCCGAUUUGCCCUCGGCCUAUUUGCAUUAUAUUUUUCUAGCAGACGUCUGGGGGUGGGGGGGGCUGGGUUCCGAUCUACGAAAGUGGCUGAGUAACCGUCACGUUUCCAGCCACCUUUUGGGACUCUCGUCUUUUCUUUCCAGCCAUCCAGAAGAGGACGGCUUAUCGGCCAGGAUGCUCCAGAGGUCCACGUCGGCAGCAUAUCAACGCACCGCAAAGCACAAUUCACACUGUUCAGGAUUUUUCUCCAGAGUAAUCAAAAACAACUAUUUUGAGUAUUAGCUCACAAAUGUACACCGCCUACCAACUAUGACAGAAUGAAGACUUUCAUAGUAUCUAAAGAAGAAACCGAAAGGACAAAAGAAGCGAUGUUUAUUGGAAUUCAACUUUCUAUCUCUGAAAUGUCUCCUUGAGUCAACUGACUUUGAAGUAAAAUAAAUGAAUAAAUAACACUUAUUUUCUUAAUAACAUUUGCAAAGUUAGACGUCAAUGUACUUUUUUCUAUAUAAAUAUCUAUUUACAUUUACUUUAAGGUUUAGUGGACUAAUAUAUAUAUAUGGGCUGCAGUGAAGGGGGUGUGCAUUAGAUAAAGUAGUACAUAGAAGGACGACCUUUCAUUAAACUACUAACCUCAAAGUGCAUACAGUCAUUGAAACCCAAACCACCCUGAAGUAAACAAGUCCAACCAAACCUCCUCAGUAUAAAACUGUAGCAGUCUGGUCCACCAGAGAAAAACAAAAAACUUUGAAAAAUCCUCUAUUGUUUCUCUUCAUGAAACCAAGUCCAACAUGUAACGUUGGUCUGCAGGCACGUGUGACGGGCGACAGAAGAUGGCUGUGAUUGUAUCGCUGCAGCAUCCUGCAUCAGCUGCUCUGUGAGCCACCGACACCGAGCCAGAGAGACUGAAUGUGCCACUGCUGAUCACAACCAGGGCUUCUAAAGUGCAGCAGGCGUGUAGCCUUGCAUGCUUUUUACAACCCUUUGGACUUUGCAGGAGAUUUUCUAGCUUUUGAAGUAAGAUUUUUUUUUUUUAAAGAAGUGUUUUUCUUUUUUUUCGCCCCAACAUCGCUUUCCGUCUAUAAGAUUGUGAAGUCAAACCUCUUGUUGUAACUCUACACAGGGUUGAGACACUAUGUACAGCCAGGAUGAUAUAUUUGCGUUUAUUCUAUAUUACUAUAUGUUGUAUAGCAUCAAAUAGGGCUAAUACCAUAUUAAAUGAGUGGGGAGAAAACAUUGUGUAAAAGAGCGCCUGCAGGACGUCCCUCUCAAAGCCAAAAAGCACUGCCGCAAAAAAACAUAAGAAAUGCGCCGAAGGGGUUUCAAGGCCAUGAGAGACGCAUCCUCCGCCACAGCGAUACCGUGCUAACUACCGGACGUCACUGGUCUCACCUCGCUGCUUUCCGUUGGCUAUGUGACUCUCACCCCAUCUCUUGUAGGUUUCUUUCACUAGUUACGCUGUAGCAUCAAAAGAGAACUAGAUGUUUAUCUGUACCUUAAAAGAAGUGCAAUUGAUUGAAUAUUUGCAAUACUGUGUUUUUACACUGUUUUUAAAAAGACAACUCAAAAUAAAAGGUAUUUAAUAUGCAAA